CUUUGAGCUUCUAGGCUUGGGCGGGGAAGCUGUAGCUUCCGUCCUCGGAUGUGAGGGCCAUUUGUUUCCGAAAGGGGUUCAUAUCCUCGGGAAGCCGAGCCAUCCCAUCUAGCAACUUUCCCCAAACGGGGCGCAGGCCGUGGUCACCUCUCUAGGAAGCUCCGAAGAUCUAGCCACACUGCACCGCACAGCUCCAGAAAGCCAGUUUCCCCAAGACACUGAAAAGAUUCCUGACUGUCCUUUCGGUCGCGGCAUCUGAAAGCAGGAGGUGCGCCAAGCGUGCGGAAUAAAGGAGUGGAGAACACCCCAGCCGGACCUCUUGUCCCCAGCUCAGACCCAGACUCCGCGUCGCACAUUUCCCUGGGGUGGGGGAGCAGCGCAGUCACGCGCACACCCCACUUGCGCUCACUCGCGCGCAAGGCUCACGCUCUCCGCCCCGCACACCUGCGCUCCGCCCCUUGGUCCUGGGCCGGCGAAAGCAUUUGGGAGGCAAGGGCGCUGCGGAAGCGCCCAUCUCCUUCCUUACCCGGGAGUUGUCCGAAACCUGCUGUUGCUACCAAUCAGCCCUCAUCCCUCGCCAUCCUUCCCUCCCCCCGCCGGCCGCGGCACCGGUAUCCGCAACCACAGCCCGGAGCCGGUGAGGCGGCGAAGGGGGGAGGGGUAGGAAUCAAGGGAUGAGCGCCGGGAGGGCGUCCGGGGCCCUGAACCGGACUAGGACACCCCUGGAGCCGGAACCGGAGGAGAAGCCGGAGCCAGGACCAAAUCAUCGCUGCAGCCCCCUAAACCCAGGAGGCGCCCUGGCCCGCGCUCGACCUCCAGAGCCUCAUGUCGGAACCACAGCCUGACCUGGAACCGCCCCAACAUGGGCUGUACAUGCUCUUCCUGCUUGUGCUGGUCUUCUUCCUCAUGGGCUUGGUAGGCUUCAUGAUCUGCCACGUGCUCAAGAAGAAGGGCUACCGCUGCCGAACGUCCAGGGGCUCAGAGCCUGAUGACGCCCAGCUUCAGGCCCCUGAGGACGAUGACAUGAAUGAAGACACAGUAGAGAGAAUAGUUCGCUGCAUCAUCCAAAAUGAAGCUAAUGCUGAGGCCUUGAAAGAGAUGCUGGGGGACAGUGAAGGAGAAGGGACAGUGCAGCUGUCCAGCAUGGAUGCCACCUCCAGCCUGCAGGAUGGAACCCCCUCCCAUCAUCACACAGUGCACCUGGGCUCUGCAGCCCCUUGCAUCCAUUGCAGCCGCAACAAGAGGCCCCCACUUGUCCGUCAGGGCCGCUCCAAGGAAGGAAAAAGCCGCCCCCGGACUGGGGAGACCACUGUGUUCUCUGUGGGCAGGUUCCGGGUGACACAUAUUGAGAAGCGCUAUGGGCUCCAUGAACAUCGUGAUGGCUCCCCCACAGACAGGAGCUGGGGCUCUGGAGGGGGGCCAGACCCAGGGGGUGGCCAGGGUUCUGGGGGAGGACAACCCAGAGCAGGGAUACCUGCCAUGGAGAGGCUGCCCCCUGAGAGACCACAGCCCCCAGCCCUACCUAGCACCUCAGUGCAGAAUGGAGGACUCAGGGACAGCAGCCUCGUCCCUUGUGCACUUGAGGUAAAGCCUGGAGCCUCUACAGAGCCAACACUGAGGGCUGGAGGGAGAAGCCCUAGCCCUGGGCUGUCCACUCAAGAGGCAAAUGGACAACCAAGCAAACCAGACACCUCAGAUCACCAGGUGUCUCCACCACAGGGAGCAAGGGGUACGUGAGUCUCAUUCUUCAUUGCGCUGAUGGACUACCAGCUGGCAGGGCCAGGGCGUGGGUGGGCAUGAAGGCCCUCCCCUCCACUGGACAGCACUGCUUCCCAGCUGAGGGACCAGCUCUAUCUCUACCUGGAGUUGCACAGUCUCAGGCUGGGGGACCUCAGGAAAGGUUCUCCCCAUCUCUAAAACCACAUUCCCUUGCCCAUUCUCCUGCCUGCCAACAGGCUGCCUGACCUGCCUUCCCCAACACUUUGUUCCAUAUAGCUAGAGCGUGGGAGCAGGCCCCUGUCCUUGGUAGGCCCCUAAAGCAAUAGCACCUUAGGCCCCCUGCCCUCUUGGCACAAGAGGCCCAGGUUCUUGCUUGGCCUUUGUGCCCUUUAUUCACUGUCAAUAAAUCUGAUCAGACCAUUA